UUUCUGCGGCAUUGCAUUGUUUUGGUAUCCGCACAUCUCUAUGAUCUCCCCCGUCGUGAUCGACAGUGGCUAGUCGCCAUGAUUACCCUCGUGUUGUGGGGGUACCAAGGAACUCUUAAAUACGCUCGUCGAAUUGGCAUUUCCGUACCCUUCUCCUCAUUCUUAUCUGUCAGGCAUGGUCGCUCAAUCUUCUUCUGAACCUCAUUCCAGCGCUGCAUCCAACGCCCCCGUCAUAAUGUCUACCGUAGUCGAUGCUGGCAUUGCGAAUCCUUGCUCAGAGACCCCCGAUCCUCAAUACCCUUCUGCCUCGGAGCCGGCCGACCCUCCAGCACCUGCUCAGGUGUCCACCUUCACGCACUCCGGCCCAGCAGAGGUGGUCCGAACUACACCGGUGUCAUGCACGUAUGGCCCCUUUCGUGUUUGGCGCACGUUGGGCCAGGGCACGUACGGCGUGGCGGUGGGAGCUGAAGAUGUAGCGUCGAAUCGCUUGUUGUGUAUUAAGGUCUUUCCAAAGCACCAUCUUGAGCGCAAAUCCAGGAAAGAUGUUCUUCUGAACGAACUCGAAGCGUACAAGCGUCUUUCAUGCGCGUUUCUGUGUCCCGCGGCUAGAUUUCUCAUGGGGCUCGAGAUGUCGUUCCAGACCGAGGAUAAAAUAUGUUUUGCAAUGGACCUGAUGGCGAGCGACCUGUAUAGCUAUCUGCAACGUUAUCCUGCGUACUGCGUCCUCAAUGCUGGCAGGUGGGCUGCACAAAUGACCCUUGGGAUCAACGCUCUGCACGAGAUAGGGAUCAUCCACCGGGACAUCAAAGCCGCGAACAUCCUGAUCGAUGCUCGAGAGAACGUGCGCAUCACUGACUUUGGCGUGAGUUAUGUAGACAAAAACGAAGGACCCUUGGACCGACGGCGGAAUUAUUGUUCGCAAGAGGCGGGAACGACGCACACCAUGGCACCGGAGGUCCUGCCCAACAUAUCCGGCCCCCAUCCUUUCAAGUACGGAGCACCCGCAGACUGGUGGUCGUUAGGCUGCGUCCUCUACGAGCUCGUGUCGAAGAAGCACAAGGCACGUAUCGAGUCUUCCUUCGCUGCUAUCUUACUGAUAUCAUCUCAUCAGUCACUCUUCGUUACAAAGGAUGACAUACUUUCUUACCUUUCUUGGUGCUACCAUAACCGCGACAGACCAUCCAAACGGUUCCCUGCCUUUGAAGAAUUACAUGAAACUCUUGCGGAUUUGAUCUCUGGGCUGCUGCAACCCGUCCCGUCAUCGCGGUUUGGGUUCGCUGAAGUCGUAAAUCAUAGAUCGUUUUUGUUGAAACCCAACACGUCAGAAUUCUCCGACGCAUACUCUCGCGCGCUUGAGCGCAAAGAAUUUCCAUCUUUGCUGCCAGACUUACGAUGUGGUCGAGAGACCAAUGCAGCGGAGAUCUGGUUUUGCCAACCUUCCUGGGAGAAAUCGCACGUUCCGGAUGUGGACUGGGUCAAGCCGGCGCUUUAUUCUCCGUCCCUAUGA